CGGAUGGAGCACGGAGGCGGCUGCGGGGCCGGAGCCGGGACUGCGCAAGGGACUGCGCGGGGCUCUCCGCUCCCCGGGAAGAUGGCCGAACCAAGUGCAGUGCGGACCUCGCCGCCCAACCAUCGGUUUUCAGGCAUGGAUGGGUUUUUAAGAUGUGACGAGAGACAACGGCUUGCUAAAGAAAGGCGAGAAGAGAGAGAAAAAUGUAUUGCUGCCCGGGAACAGCAGUUCCUAGAGAAGCAGAAGAGGGCCAAGCUCCAGUAUGAAAAGCAAAUGGAGGAGCGAUGGCGGAAACUGGAGGAGCAGCGGCGCCGGGAGAACCAGAAAAGGGCUGCCGUGGAAGAGAAGAGAAAACAAAAGCUCCGGGAGGAUGGGGAGCGGCUGGAGGCGAUGCUGCGCCGGUCCCUGGAGCGCUCCCAGCAGCUGGAGAUGAAGAAGCGUUACUCAUGGGGAGGAUCAUCAUCAUCGGGAGGAGCAUCUGGAGGAACGUCAGGAGGAACGUCUGGAGGAACGUCGGGAGGAACAUCGGGAGGAGCAUCGCAGACCUUCACGGUUGGAGGACGAGAUGGUGAAUCAGAAAACACUCCACCCCCUCCUCUAGGUUUAGCAGCCAGCACCCUCCCUCCUGACCCAGGAACCGCUGCUGCCGCCGAGUCCACCAAUGCCCGUGAGAAGCUUUCAACAUCAACUAUGAAUUUGCCAAAGCAGACGGAGACUCCCAUGAGUAAGCGCCUGUCCUCAUCCACUGCGGCAAUAUCGUAUUCCCCAGAACGAGCUCAUCGCAUGCACAUUUCUCCCAUGGAAAACUUUCUCAUUAUGCGACUGUUGGCACCCACCCAGGCUUCUUUAGCCAGAAGCAGAAGUACAGUCAUACUCUCUGAGCAGUCGAGUGAAGAAGUUUUUCGUGCCUGUCCUCGUGUAGCUACGGCCAGCCCUCAUCAAUAUGUCUACAAGUCAUCCCCAACUCGGUCCAUUGAAAAGAAGAAGACUGCAUCGCCGUUUGCUGGAGGAGAGGCUUGGAAAGCAGCCCCUGCAGAAGCAGAGGCCCCUCGGGUGGAGAAGAUGAAAAAGGGGCCCCAACCAACAGCUUCCUUUUCCAGCGGGAGCCCUGCGUCCCCUGUGAAAAGACGUGAUUUUCCCGGGGCCAACAUUAAGAGGUCAUCUUCACCCGUGGCAUGCAGGGCAUCUGCCAGAGGAAGCCCACAGUCUCCAAAGAAUACAAAACUACCAUACCCAGAGUCUUUUGUGAAGUACCGUUUAACCACCCUUUCCAGCCAGGACAUACCCAAGAAGAAAGAGGAGAAAGAGAAAAGCAACAAGGAAAGGGAAGUGGCCUUGGCUCAGCGGGUGGCCAGACUACUUGGGGAAGAACCUCCAGAGAAGCACAUAGUGGACAAGAAUGUCACCGAGAAGCAGGCGGCUGUAGGAGGGAAAGCCGAGGCCAGUGCAGCCUCAGGGAAGCCUACUGCAGGCACCACCAAUGCGGGGGAGGCCGCAAAGAUCCUGGCUGAAAAGAGACGACAGGCCCGGCUGCAGAAGGAGCAGGAGAGGGCGGAAAGAAUCGAGCAAGACAGGCUGGAGAGAGAGGAAUUGGAAAGAAAGGCAGAGGAGGAAAGACUUCGCCUAGAAGAGGAGACCCGUAAGCAGGAAGAGGAAAAGAAGCGGCAGGAAGAGGAAAAGAAGCAGCAGGAAGAGGAAAAGAAAAGACUGGAAGAGGAAAAGAAAAGACUGGAAGAAGAGGAGGCCAAGAGAAAGGCCAAGGAGGAGAUGCUGAGAGAAAAGCAAGAAAAGGAAAAACAAGAAAAAGAAAAGCAAGAAAAAGCCAUGAUUGAAAAGCAGAAGGAAGAAGCAGAAGCAAAGGCCCAGGAGGCAGCUAAACAGAUGCGUCUAGACAGAGAACAGAUCAUGCUACAGAUUGAACAGGAGCGGCUGGAGAGGAAGAAGAGAAUAGAUGAAAUCAUGAAGAGAACAAGGAAGAGUGACGUGUCUCCAGAAGUGAAGAAAGAAGACCUGAAAAUGGAGCUUCCGCCUACUGUGUGCGUGGAAAAUAAGACAAAAGCAGUUGUCCCGAACAAAAUAGAAAUCAAUGGAUUGGGCACCGCCCAGGAAGUUAAUGGCGUGGAGCGCGCUACCCCAGCAACUUUCCCCGGAGACGUUUUCUCCAAUGGGCUUAAACCAGUUGGGGGACUUGUUCAUCUGGACACCCUCGAUGGGAAAUCAAACAGUCUGGAUGACUCAACUGAAGAGGUUCAGUCUAUGGAUGUGAGUCCUGUUUCAAAAGAAGAGCUUAUCUCCAUCCCAGAAUUUUCACCAGUGAGUGAAAUGAUUCCUGGGGUGUCUCUGGACCAAAAUGGAACUGGUAAUGCCCGAGCUCUUCAAGAUCUCUUAGAUUUCACCGGUCCCCCCAUGUUCCCCAAGAGAUCCAGUGAAAAUCUCAGCCUGGAUGACUGUAACAAAAACCUGAUCGAAGGAUUUAACAGUCCCAGCCAAGAAAGUACUCUGAACACCUUCUGUUGACAAAUACAGCAGCUCUUUAAUGAAAGGUGGUGUUUCGAGAAGCCAUGAAGCUGCUGGUAGUCAAAUUUGAGCUGCUGGCCCUCGGAAGAAACUCCUGUCGUCCUUAACCACUGGACUCCAAAUUCUUAGAUCGAAUUGUAACUGUAUUCCUAGUUAGUAUGUCAAACACUGGCCACUCUUGGUAGAAACCUGGCGAAGUCCUAGCAAUGUUUCAUGUUAUGGUUCUAUGUAUGAGCUUCGGCUGCUGAUAAAGCGCUUCCUGUACUACUUACUCUGUUAUAGUGAUCACCCAAAACCGAGUCAUUCCAGCUGGGAAACUCACCUUGUAACCAUUCUUAUUCCCAAAGUUGGAGCACAUAAACAUUUAGAUAUCGUUCCCUGUAAAUAUUCUAGACAUUUACCCAGACUCUACUUAAAUAUAUACUGAACUUGGGCUGCAUAUCUCCCCGUCUGUGUUUGGAAGAAGAAAUUCCAGGGUUGGGGGGUGGUUCUUCUCCCCCUCCCCUCUCUGAGAUUUCUUUGUUGGAAGUUACUGUCAAGAAGGUGUUUUUUUUUUUUUUUUUAUUAAGUGUAGUCACCUGCAAAAUGCGUUGUGCCACAUUACUCCUUGGGGAACUAACGGAAUAAGUCUGGUUGAGUAACAAAGCCAUUAAACAGUGUGGAAUGAUUUCUGUUUUCUUAUGCAUAUUCCUAUAGACACGAGCAGCUGAAUUUAGAAAGGACCUUUUCAUAUCGCACCUUAAAGUCUCCAAGCUCUGGUCACUCCAAACCAUCGAGUGGCUUUUGGACUGAAUGAAUUGUGUGUCUCAUGCACUGGUGGUUGGUUUUCAUGUUGUUAAUAUUGGGGCUUUUGUUUGUUUGCACCUGUGUUUGCUCACCUCUAAUAAGAGCAGGCACAAAGGGAAAUGAUAGUGCCCUGAAAUAAGUGGGCUCUGAACGGGACUCUGUGUCACUGGAAUGGACUUUAACGUACAAUGUCUGAACAGAGGACAAAUGACACUAGAAUGUAUACUCCUUGCAUUUUAUGCCAUAUAAUGUGUUUUCUCAAUUUCGUUUCUUGUGGUGAAAUGUGGCUUUCUGAUUUAAAAUGACCUUUUCUCCCUUGAAACUCUUUUUUGACUUGUACAAUAAGAGUUUGGAAAGAUCCAUAAUUCUGACAGAGGCUUGCAACCAGGAAACGUAGAGUCAAUAGUAAUCUUGUUUAUGUGCUUUCAAAACCAGCUAUAGUUUAAGACUUUAUUGGUUAUGGAAACUCUGUACGUUUGUGUAUGUAUAUAUACUAAAUAAAAUACAUGCCUCCGGUAAUGCGGUACCAUUGAUCUGGACGACUGUCGGGGAAAACCCCUUUUAUGACAAGCACAUGGAAAAUCGUAGCAUGGUCUGGCUUUCAAAAAAUGCCUCGCCAUCUUCUUACCGCUUUAUUUUGCUAAAGGUCUGCUUUGUUGUGAUCUGUUGUACCUCACAGCAUCGUUGUCACUGUGGUGAUGCCUCAUUUGCA